AUGGGUCACACCACCGAGGAGUGUGUGACCCUCAAGGAUAAAAUAGAGGAACUCAUCCGGGCGGGAAAGCUCAAGAAGUACGUACGCGAUGAGCGUCCUCCACAACCGGCAGAACGACCUGCACAACGAUCGGGUUACCGUUCGGACAGGCCGAGGAAAUCAAGGACCGAGCGACCUCACUCAGAGCGGCGACAUAGCCGAAGCCGCAGCCGAAGUCGAGAACGCCCCCUGCGGGGGCACAUCAACACAAUUUCUGGAGGGUUCGCGGGGGGAGGAUCGUCGUCCUCCGCUCGUAAACGCCACAUACGAACCCUCCAAUCUGUACACCUGGUGGACAAACCACGUCGCACCAUGCCACCCAUCACCUUCUCAGACGAAGAUUUCCACGCGCCUGACCCCGACCAGGACGAUCCGAUGGUCAUAACCGCCGAGAUCGCACGUUAUGGAGUCAGCAAAGUCCUGGUUGACCAGGGAAGUUCAGUCAACAUCCUGUACUGGAAAACCUUCCUGCAGAUGGACAUCUCAGAAGAUGUUAUCGUCCCCUAUGAUGGGCAGAUUGUGGGAUUUGCAGGAGAAAGGGUCGAUACUAGGGGGUAUGUGGAGUUGAGGACAAGGUUGGGGACCGGCCGCUCUAGCGAGGAGAAGAGGGUUCGGUAUCUGCUGGUUGAGGCAAACACCUCGUAUAAUGUAUUGCUCAGACGGCCAUGCUUGAACGCGUUCGGAGCGAUCGUCUCUACGCCCCACCUCACGAUGAAAUACCCCUCCAAGAAGGGAAUUAUAUGCACGGUCCGGGCGGACCAGAAGACGGCCCGAGAGUGCUAUGCUGUGGGUUUAAAGUUGCAUACCCGGCAAACGAAGCGAAGGGCGGUCGGUUCUGAGGUGGCCAUGGCGGACCUCAAUCCCAGGACGAACACGGAAGACCGCCUAGAACCAAUGGGAGAAACCCAACCUGUCUUGAUAGGAAGGGAUCCCACCCAGACGAUCGUCAUCGCCAGGGAGCUGAACCCUGGAUUGGAGAAGGAGUUGAGGGCACUCCUAUGGAAGAACAUGGAUUUAUUUGCCUGGACGACGGUCGACAUGCCCGGAAUCCAUCCCGCGGUCAUGUGCCAUAAACUCUCGCUUUUUAAAGACGCCCGUCCGGUCGCUCAGAAGAAGCGAAGGAUGGGCGAAGAAAAACGAGAAGUUGUUCAAGAGGAAGUGAGAAAGUUGAAGGAAGCUGGUUUUGUCCGAGAAGUCACUUAUACUACGUGGUUAGCCAACGUGGUAAUGGUGAAGAAAGCAAGUGGGAAGUGGCGCAUGUGCACCGACUAUACUGACUUGAAUAAAGCGUGCCCGAAGGACUCCCAUCCCCUACCCAGCAUAGAUGCCUUGGUGGACGGCGCCUUCGGACAUCGAGUGUUAAGCUUCCUAUAUGCGUACUCCGGAUAUAACCAGAUACCCAUGUAUGGGCCGGACGUCGAAAAGACGGCGUUCAUCACAGAGAAGGCUAACUUCUGUUAUGAAGUGAUGCCGUUCGGCCUGAAGAACGCAGGGGCGACAUACCAACGCUUAAUGGACAAGAUCUUCCGGGAGCAGAUAGGCCGGUGCAUGGACGUAUAUGUGGACGACAUGGUCGUCCGAUCCUCGGAUGAACAUGGGCACAUCAAGGACCUGGAAGAGGUGUUUCGCCAAGUAAGGAAGUUCGGCAUGCGUUUAAACCCCGCCAAAUGCACAUUUGGGGUCGCCGCCGGAAAGUUCCUGGGCUUCAUGUUGACGUCCCGGGGAAUCGAGGCUAAUCCGGACAAAUGCGAGGCGAUACUGCAGAUGCAAAACCCGACCACCCUUAAGGAGGUCCAAAGGCUCAUCGGACGCCUCACCGCCCUGUCGCGGUUUAUUCCCAAAUUGGCCGAGAGGGUAAGACCGGUCCUGCGCAAAUUGACACUGUAG